UUCAACACCUUUUCCGCGAACAUUAAACGGCCCUGCUUCCUGUGUUUACCUCCGUGUUUCUAGCUGUGUUUCCUUCUCUAAUGGAGCUUUUCCUGAUGUUUACGGUUAUUUUAAUCAUAGUUGCCUAUUUUGGUGAAAGUCUUGCUAACUUGAAUGGCUCUUCGAUAGAUUUCGACUCGUUCAGGAAAAAGUUUCACCGUCUGUAUGAAGUCAACAGCGAGGAAUUUAGCCGUCGUCAAAUCUAUUUUCAGAAUGCUGCAAUGCGACAUAAAUACCUGAACUCAUUUUCCACAGAGUCACAGGCUGCCACGUACGGCAUUAACCAGUUCUCUGACCUUUCACAGAUGGAAUUCAGAGAUGUUUACCUUCGAGCAGAAAGCAGCAGAGCUCCAGGCUUCACUGGAUUGACUAGAACGGGGCUCCCGGCCAAAUUUGACUGGAGGGAUAAGGGAGUGGUGGCACCGGUCCAGAACCAAUUAGCAUGUGGGAGCUGCUGGGCGUUUAGCACAGUCGGUGCCAUACAGUCUGUCCAUGCUAUGGGAGGCUCGCAACUGGAGCGGCUCAGCGUGCAGCAGGUUCUGGACUGCUCCUAUAAAAAUGAGGGCUGCAAUGGAGGCUCCCCCUCCCUCGCCUUUGCUUGGUUAGAACAGAGCAGAGUGAAGCUGGUGAGGCACUCAGAGUAUCCAUAUGAGGCCAAAACAGGAAUCUGUCAUUUCUUCUCCCAGUCUCAUGAGGGUGUUGCUGUGAAGAACUUUACCCUGCAUAGCUUCAGUGGUCAAGAGGAGGCGAUGAUGGGUCAGCUGGUGCAGUUUGGUCCUUUGGCUGCUAUUGUGGAUGCUGUCAGUUGGCAGGAUUACCUUGGAGGCAUUAUCCAGCACCACUGCUCCAGCCAAUGGUCCAACCAUGCUGUUCUGGUUGUUGGAUACGACACGACUGGGGAUUUACCUUACUGGAUUGUGCAGAACUCCUGGGGAACUACAUGGGGGGAUCAGGGUUAUGUUUAUAUAAAAAUUGAUAGCAACCUCUGUGGUGAGUUCAUCCACUUUAAUGCAUUUUUAUGCAUUAUUAGAGUGUCCUGUUGGUUGUUAACCACUCUUCUUUUGGGUUUCUUCCCAGGUAUUGCAGACUCUGUUGCAGCUGUUUUUCUGUGACAGCAGCUUGUUUGAGUCAGCUCUGUGUGUGUGUGCUUCCCUUUGCCAGAAUGAAAUAACUAAUCUAUUCAACGUCAGUGUCACUGUGGAUAAUGCUUUUAUUAAAAUGUAGCCAUCUUGUGUCACUAAAACAAAUAAAUCCCUUCAUAUGUUUGCAAA